GGAAACAGAGUGUGCCUUUGUGAGGGUGUGUGUGUGUGCCGCCGAGCCUGUGUGCUGUGGGUGUGGGUGUUUGUCUCCCUGCAUCCGCCUUCUCUCCCGCUCUGGACUUUUAGCCUUUCUGGGCUCCUCGUCCUCAUGUCCUACCCCCGCCGGCUCGGGGCUCAAAGUGGGGGCCCUGGUGGAGGAGGGGGGCGCGCUCCAGGACCCAGUCCAACCCCAGACGUUGCCUGAGGCUUCCCUCCAGCUCCCCUCCCUUCCUUUCCUCCCUCCCUCUCUCUCUCUUCCUCCCCCCCCCCCCCCAGGGCUGGCGUGCCAGGGGGUGGGACAUGCCGAUCACUGGCUGCGCCUCCGGCUGCCAGCACAGGACGCAGCUCCCCCCGAGCCAGGUGUUUGGGUCCCUGGAGACACCGCCGGCCCCGGGAGGCAGUGGCGCGGAGGACCCCGCAGACCCCCUGCAGCCCAUGGGAAUUCUGAAUCCCACCACCCCACCCACCUUCAGCCCCCCCACGAUGGACUGAACCAGGCUGCUGGCCAGAUGGACAAGCUGGAUGCCAAGCACUGAGCUCAGACCGGAGGGAAAAGCGGCGAGCAGGGCACCUGUCCAGGGCGGUGCCCACCAGCUGCCUCGCCGGGAAGCCCAUCAGGCACAUCCGGUCCCAGCCUCCCACCCAGCGCCUGACUUUGGUUAAGGACAGAGGAUGCAACGAGACUCGGUGAUGACCUCCCGCUGAGGAAGCCCCGCCGUGAGACCAGAGGAAGGGGCCGCCCCCUCGGCCCCACCCGGCCGCCAUGAACACCUCGGCCCCACCCGCCGUCAGCCCCAACAUCACCGUCCUGGCGCCAGGAAAGGGUCCCUGGCAAGUGGCCUUCAUCGGCAUCACCACGGGCCUCCUGUCCCUGGCCACCGUGACGGGCAACUUGCUGGUGCUCAUCUCCUUCAAGGUCAACACAGAGCUCAAGACCGUCAACAACUACUUCCUGCUCAGCCUGGCCUGCGCCGACCUCAUCAUCGGCACCUUCUCCAUGAACCUCUACACCACGUACCUGCUCAUGGGCCGCUGGGUGCUCGGCACGCUGGCCUGCGACCUCUGGCUGGCCCUGGACUACGUGGCCAGCAACGCCUCGGUCAUGAACCUACUGCUCAUCAGCUUCGACCGCUACUUCUCCGUGACCCGGCCCCUGAGCUACCGCGCCAAGCGCACGCCGCGCCGGGCGGUGCUGAUGAUCAGCCUGGCCUGGACGGUGUCCUUCGUGCUCUGGGCGCCGGCCAUCCUCUUCUGGCAGUACCUGGUGGGCGAGCGGACGGUGCUGGCCGGGCAGUGCUACAUCCAGUUCCUCUCCCAGCCCAUCAUCACCUUCGGCACCGCCAUGGCCGCCUUCUACCUCCCGGUCACGGUCAUGUGCACGCUCUACUGGCGCAUCUACCGGGAGACGGAGAACCGGGCCCGGGAGCUGGCGGCCCUGCAGGGCUCCGAGACGCCAGGCAAGGGCGGCGGCAGCAGCAGCAGCUCGGAGCGGUCCCAGCCGGGGGCCGAGGGCGCGGCGGACACCCCUCCCGGGCGCUGCUGCGGCUGCUGCCGGGCCCCCAAGCUGCUGCAGGCCUACAGCUGGAAGGAGGAGGAGGAGGAGGACGAAGGCUCCAUGGAGUCCCUCACGUCCUCGGAGGGUGAGGAGCCGGGCCCCGAGGUGGCGAUCAAGAUGCCCAUGGUGGACCCCGAGGCGCCGGCCCCCGCCAAGCAGCCCCCCCGGAGCUCCCCGAACACGGUCAAGAGGCCGACGCGGAAGGGCCGGGAGCGCACGGGCAAGAGCCAGAAGCCGCGCGGGAAGGACCAGCUGGCCAAGCGGAAGACCUUCUCGCUGGUCAAGGAGAAGAAGGCGGCGCGGACCCUGAGCGCCAUCCUGCUGGCCUUCGUCCUCACCUGGACGCCGUACAACAUCAUGGUGCUGGUGUCCACCUUCUGCAAGGACUGCGUCCCCGGGACCCUGUGGGAGCUGGGCUACUGGCUCUGCUACGUCAACAGCACCGUCAACCCCAUGUGCUACGCGCUCUGCAACAAGGCCUUCCGGGACACCUUCCGCCUGCUGCUGCUCUGCCGCUGGGACAAGCGGCGCUGGCGCAAGAUCCCCAAGCGCCCCGGCUCGGUGCACCGCACCCCCUCCCACCAGUGCUGAUGGCCCCGCCCUCGCCCUCCACCCCGGUCCCGGGGCGCCCGCCCGGGUCGAGCUGGCAGCAGGGGCCGUGACCUCAGGCCCCGGGCCCUUCUCUGUCCUCACAGGCUCCCCAGGCCCCUAGGUCACCUUCCUGGACAGCCAGAGAGACCCUGCCAACUCCACUCCGCCAUUCCCAGGCAGGGAGCGACCCGGGGAACUGGUUUUUCUGUCCCCUGCCGGGUGGGAACGGGCUCCUCACCAGGAAGGAGGCGGGAGGAGGAUCCGGCCCUUCGAUUCCUUGUUUGCAUUUAGGCAGGAAGUCUACCAGGGAGCCGGCAGGGCGAGCCAGCGGAGAGGUUUACCUCGCAGUCAGCCCCGGCCCCCUGGCUGGCCUGGAUGGCGGUGGCGAAUGGCGCCCUCUGCGGCCACCGCGGGGAACUGGCACCGAACACUGAGAGAGAAGCUGGGCUCCGAGGGACCAGCCCCUGGCCCCCCCUCCGGCACAGCCCACUCUGCUGGGCUCUGGGCUCGCUUUCCAGAACGCCCAGCCUCCCUCCCAGUGUCCGCAGAGCGUCCCUGUGGGGUCCCCCUCCAGGCAGAUGUCCAAGCAUCAGCAGGACAGUGGCACCAGAGGGGACCAGCUUGGCUAGUCCCACGGCAAGUCCCGCGGCGGCAGCGGGGCCCACGCCAGGUGUCCUGGUGUCCCACUGGGUCAUUUCCUGGGGAGGGAGGGCAGGGUGCCUGCUGUCCAGCCUCACGCCUGUACCCCCGCCCCAGAGGAACCCUCAGUCCCUCCUGACUCCCAGCCGCCACCUGGGUAGGUCUGCUCCGUGCAGAUCUAGCCCGGCCUCCUGCAUGCUGCCUGCCUGCAGCCCGCCCCACACAGGCCCGGCCCAGCCAACAGGGCGUCUCCUGUGAGCCCCCCAGUCCCGCCCAUGCAUGGCCUCCCCGCCACCCUCAUCUCCAGGCCCAGCCUGGCCCCAAAUAGUCUUUCCUUCCAUCUCAGCAAGUGCUGAGUCUGAAUAAAGCCUCGUAACCCACGG